AUGGCCACAUGGGAGGAUCUUGACACAACAUCAUUAAAGGAAGACGAAGAAGUAAACAUAUGUCUCAUGGCAGACGCAGACUCAUCAUUAGAAUCAGAUAAUAAAAAGGUAACUGAAUCUGACCUAAAAAUUCUUAAGCAUGCAUAUAAUCAACUUUUAUCAGAUUCAGCAAAUAUUUCUACAACAUAUAAGGAACAAAAGAAAAGAAAUUUGGAAUUACUUGAAGAAAAUUGUCUACUGAAAAACGAAAAUACAAAACUUCUUUCAACUUCAGAAGAAGUAAUCAAAUUAACCAAAGAAAACGAUUUAUUAAAGUCUGAUUUGUCAAAAUUCACACUAGGAACUAAAAAUCUCGAGCACCUUCUAAAGCACUCUAGGAGUGGGAAAGAUAGAACAAGAUUAGGGUUUGUUGAAUCUGAGUCCAAAAUCAAGACAAAAACUUAUGCAUCUUCCUUGCAUGGAAAUAAUGGACAAAAGUUUAAGAUGGAAGAUGCGAAAUCAAUGAAGACACCAAUGUAUCCUUCAAUGACUCUUGGUCUAGACAAAGAAUCACCAGAUGUUGAUAGCACAAUGUACCGAGGAAUGGUUGGUUCUCUCUUGUACCUAACAGCGUUGAGACCCGACAUCAUGUUCAGUGUUUGCGUUUGUGCUAGGUUCCAUGUACGACCUAAGGAGGUACACUUGCAAGCAGUUAAAAUAAUUUUAAGAUAUCUUAAAGGAACACCUAACCUAGGCAUCAACUUCUAUAUAAGCCAAAACUUUUCUCUUCUAGGAUAUUAUGAUGUAGAUUAUGCAAGAGACAAUUGGGAGAGAAAGAGCACUAGCCGAGGAUGCCAUUUUCUUGGUCGCUGCUUAGUUUCAUGGGCUAGCAAGAGGCAAAGCACGAUUGCCCUAUCCACUUGUGAAGCUGAGUAUGUUGCCACAGGACAAUGUCUCACGCAGCUACUAUGGAUCAAACAUCAACUGGAAGACUACGACAUUUAA